AUCAACUGGUACUGCUUUAACAAUAAACCGCCUCCUGUCAAAGAGUGUUUUGGAGGAACUACCUCCAAUUACCUAGAUAGCAGAAAAGAAUAAAAAACACAUGGAUGAAACAAGAAAUUCAGUAAAAGAUCCAACAGAAGUUAAAAAUGCUUUGGCCAAAUAUUUGGAGCUCUUCACAUCUCAUAGUAAUUUCUUUAAGUUUUUCAUCGCACAAAAUGGUGUACUUGAAUGGUUUGGAAGAAGCAUCAAAGGAAAUACUAAAAUUCAUGACUAUUUGAGGUACGAAGUAUGUUCGCAGUAUGAUCAUCUCUUUUUUGAAAAUGCUGAACCAUGCGAACCUUUUGAAUGUAAAUCUACACAUAUGGAAACAAAAUCCUUACCAACUCAAAGUGAUAAAAAUUUAAAUAACAGUUCAUUUGAUCUCGAAAAAACCAACUCAAUUGAAGAGGAUGUAUCAAUGUCUACGGAUGUUGUAGAAUUUACAACAACAAAAGAUCGCCGUGGAUCUAUAACUCCACCAUCAAGUGCAAAACGAGUUAAGCUCGAUCAAGAUCUUAAUCGAAGCAUUUCACCGCCAAUGCUAAAUGUAGAAGAUUAUUUCGAUAAAAAAGAAACUAAUGUUAAAUUAAUUGUUCCUCGAUCAUCACGAAAUUGUUUUGAAACUCCUGACUCAACAUACGUUUCAACUGCAGCAACUACAUCUUCCCAAGUCCAAUACAGCGAAUUAAAGUAUUUCGAAGCAAUUGGAAUUCUUAGAUCUUGUUUACAACCUGAACACAAGAAUUUCCGUCUGUCUAGCACUUUAAAUGCAAAUGGAAGCUGGGAUCGUGAAACAAAAAUACAAAUUUCUUAUAGAAUUCGAUUAGAUGAUAAUGAUGUUCAAUUUGCAUUAAUAAUUUAUAAAAAUCUACAUUCAUAUAGUGCAUUGUCAAAAAGAAAUCUCAUGUCGGAAUUUGAUGAAGUUGCUACACAUAAAAGACUGGCUGCUGAAGAAAAUAAAAAUGGUUCUACUAGUUCUACAAAAACUACAACAACAAACUCACAGAAGGAGAAGCGGAAAAUCGGACGUAGAUUAAGACUUUUUUAACAAACAAAAAUUGAUUAUUAUUUUUUUUAUAUUAAUUUAUUUUUUACCCAGACAACUUGGUAUAUUUGGUUAAGUUAUUAUAAUAAAAUAAAAAGAAAAUGUUAUAUUUUUUGUAAAAGUAA